AUGUUUAAGAAAUACAAGAACCAAGACUUGGAUAUGGCAUUUUGGUGGAAGAAGAACCCCAAGAUUCCCUCCGAUUAUGCCAGGUUGAUCAUUGAGCAACUAAACAAAUUCGGCUCUCCCUCAUUAACCCAGGAUAAUAAAAGAAAGGUACAAGAGGAGUGUACCAAAUAUUUAAUCGGCACAAAACAUUUUAUUGUGGGAGAUACGGAACCACAUCCAACACCAGAAGCUAUUGAUGAACUUUACACUGCCAUACAUCGUGCUGACGUAUUCCAUGAGUUACUGCUUCAUUUUGUAGAUUUAGAAUUUGAAGCAAGGAGGGAAUGUAUGCUCAUUUUCUCUAUAUGCCUCGGGUACUCUAAGGAUAAUAAAUUUGUCACCGUAGAUUAUUUAGUCUCUCAACCAAAGACCAUAUCCUUAAUGUUGAGAACCGCAGAAGUAGCUCUACAACAAAAGGGUUGCCAAGAUAUUUUUUUAACGGUAGGGAAUAUGAUUAUUGAAUGUAUCAAAUAUGAGCAACUUUGUAGGAUCAUUUUAAAGGACCCUCAACUAUGGAAGUUCUUUGAAUUUGCAAAACUGGGUAAUUUUGAGAUUAGUACAGAAUCCCUACAAAUAUUAAGUGCCGCAUUUAUCACACAUCCCAAACUAGUUUCUAAGGAAUUUUUCAGUAACGAGAGUAAUAUUAUCAGGUUCAUCAAAUGCAUUAACAAGCUAAUGGCACAUGGAAGCUACGUAACCAAGAGGCAAAGCACCAAGUUGUUGGCGUCAUUAAUUGUGAUAAGAUCUAAUAACGCGUUGAUGAAUAUAUAUAUUAAUUCUCCGGAAAAUUUAAAGUUGAUAAUGACUUUAAUGACUGACAAAUCUAAAAACUUACAGCUUGAAGCUUUCAAUGUGUUUAAGGUGAUGGUAGCGAAUCCAAGAAAGUCAAAACCUGUUUUUGAUAUUCUUGUUAAAAACAGAGACAAAUUGCUGACAUACUUUAAAACAUUUGGUUUAGAUUCUCAGGAUUCUACAUUCCUUGAUGAAAGAGAAUUCAUUAUUCAAGAAAUUGAUUCCUUGCCCCGCAUAAUUUCUUCUACAAUAGAGGUUUCUACCAAUAAUACAUCUUCAAGUAACGUCAAUAAUAUGAACUCACCAUCAUCGGUAAUAAACAACCAAUCAUCAAUCUUGACACAUUCAACUACACCUGAUUCAAGAUAA